CGGCAGGAAGCGGAACAGCGGAGCGGCGGAGCGGCAGGUGAAAUGGACGAACCCUCGGAUCAGAUGAGGCCCCUCCUGAGCUCAGGUCUAGACGAAGAGGCGAUUGUUGACCAUGGAAAGACCAGCUUCACCACUCACUCCAACUAUGAGACGGAAGAUUUGGAAAGCCACAGAGCAGUGUACGUAGGUGUCCACGUUCCUCUUGGAAGAGAGAGCAAGCGGCGGCAUCGUCACCGAGGACACAAACACCACCGGAAGAAAAGAGAGAGAGACGCUGAGGAGGGGAAGGAAGAUGGCCGGGAAUCCCCAUCUUAUGACACUCCCUCCCAAAGGGUCCAGUUCAUCUUGGGUACAGAGGACGAUGACCUGGAGCACGUCCCCCAUGACCUCUUCACUGAGCUGGACGAGCUCUCCUUCAGAGACGGCAACAAUGCCACUGAAUGGAAGGAGACUGCCAGAUGGCUGAAGUUUGAGGAGGAUGUGGAGGAUGGUGGUGAGAGGUGGAGUAAACCCUACGUGGCCACACUGUCGCUACACAGCUUAUUUGAGCUACGGAGCUGUAUACUCAACGGCACUGUCAUGCUGGAUAUGAGAGCCAACACCAUCGAGGAUAUCGCAGACAUGUUGAUAGACAGCAUGGUGGCGUCGGGCCAGCUGAAGGAGGAGCUCCGUUUCCAGGUGCGAGAAGCCAUGCUGAAGAAGCACCACCACCAGAACGAGAGGAAGCUCAGCAACCGCAUCCCUCUGGUGCGCUCCAUCGCUGACAUAGGAGAGGGCCUGUCCUCUUCCCGUCUUUCUCUCCACAAGCCAGGAGUAUCCUCCUCUGUGUCCAACCUGUCCCAGAGACGAGAGUCCCGAGUCUCCGUCCUGCUCAACCACCUCCUGCCCUCUUCUUACUCCAACACUGGGUCCGCCCCAGGUCUCUCGCCCCACACCACCCCACAAAGUACCCCUGCUUUCUUCCGGCGCUCCUCCCAAAGCCCGCCGCGCACCCGUGGCACAGGCCCCGGCCCUCAUGGCAUCCCGGAGGUGGUGGUCUCGCCUCCCGAGGACGACGACCCACAGCACUCUACAGAAGACGCCCCGCUCCUCCCAGGACCCUUGGCGUCUCCGAACUCCGUCCCGAACAACCUGGAUGGCAAUAAGCCGGUGGAGAGGAGGCCAUCCAAAGUAGGGGUCAGUAGAGAAAGCAGCAGUGUCGACUUCAGCAAGGUGGACAUGAACUUCAUGAAAAAGAUUCCUCCGGGUGCCGAGGCAUCCAACGUGCUGGUGGGAGAAGUGGACUUCCUGGAGAAGCCCAUUAUUGCCUUUGUACGGCUGUCUCCUGCGGUCCUGAUCACGGGCCUCACAGAGGUGCCUGUCCCCACGAGGUUUCUAUUCCUGCUUCUGGGUCCUCACGGCAAAGGCCCACAGUACCAUGAAAUUGGCAGAUCAAUGGCCACACUCAUGACAGAUGAGAUCUUCCAUGAUGUGGCGUACAAAGCCAAAGACCGAACGGAUCUCCUCUCGGGGAUUGACGAGUUCCUGGAUCAAGUGACUGUCCUGCCUCCUGGAGAAUGGGAUCCCACGAUUCGGAUCGAGCCCCCCAAGAAUGUCCCAUCUCAGAUGAAGAGGAAGAUACCAACCACGCUCAACGGGUCUGCGUCCCAAGCCGGAGACUUGGAAAAGGAAGAGGAACAUGAAUCAGGACCUGAGCUGCAGAGGACGGGGAUGAUAUUCGGGGGUCUGAUCUGGGACAUCAAGCGGAAAGCACCGUUCUACUGGAGCGACAUCCGGGACUCCUUCAGUCUGCAGUGUCUCGCCUCCGUCCUCUUCCUGUAUUGCGCCUGCAUGUCCCCCGUCAUCACAUUUGGAGGUCUGCUGGGAGAGGCGACCAAAGGCAACAUAAGUGCCAUCGAGUCUCUGUUUGGGGCGUCGCUGACGGGCGUGGCCUACUCCCUCUUCUCGGGCCAGCCCCUCACUAUCCUUGGCAGCACGGGGCCCGUUUUAGUGUUUGAGAAGAUCCUCUUCAAGUUCUGCACCGACUAUGGCCUCUCCUACCUGUCACUGCGAACCAGCAUCGGCCUGUGGACGGCCUUCCUGUGUCUCGUCCUGGUGGCGACGGACGCCAGCUCCCUGGUCUGCUACAUCACCAGAUUCACGGAGGAGGCCUUCGCCGCGCUCAUCUGCAUCAUCUUCAUCUACGAGGCUCUGGAGAAGCUGUUUCACUUGGGGGAGCACUUCCCGGUCAACAUGCACAACGAGUUGGACAAUCUGACUCUGUAUUCGUGUCAGUGCGCUCCACCAGCCAAUGUCACGUACGAGCAUGAGCAGAAGUGGAAUCAGUCGGGUUACGAACCAGACUCUGUCCCGUGGAGCAGCCUCAGUGUUUCGAUGUGUCAAACGCUCGAGGGGGAGUUUGAGGGUCCCGCCUGUGGUCACCAUGGUCCCUACAUCCCAGAUGUUCUCUUCUGGUCGAUCAUCCUCUUCUUCACCACCUUCUUCCUCUGCUCCUUCUUCAAGCAAUUCAAGACGGAGAGAUAUUUCCCCACCAGGGUGCGCUCCACCAUCAGCGACUUUGCUGUGUUUAUAACCAUCAUGGUCAUGGUGCUGGUGGACUAUCUAAUGGGAAUCCCAUCUCCUAAACUGAAUGUUCCUGACCGCUUCGAGCCUACUUCAAAGAACCGGGGCUGGCUAAUGGACCCGCUAGGAGACAACCCCUGGUGGACACUGCUGGUGGCUGCGCUUCCUGCCCUUCUCUGCACCAUCCUCAUCUUUAUGGACCAGCAGAUCACUGCAGUCAUCAUAAACCGCAAGGAGCACAAACUCAAGAAAGGCUGUGGCUAUCACCUGGACCUGCUGAUCGUGGCCAUCAUGCUGGGUGUGUGCUCCAUCAUGGGCCUGCCGUGGUUCGUGGCUGCGACCGUCCUCUCCAUCUCCCACGUGAACAGCCUGAAGGUGGAGUCCGGCUGCUCCGCCCCCGGAGAGCAGCCCAAGUUCCUGGGCAUCCGAGAGCAGCGCGUCACCGGGUUCAUGAUUUUUGUCCUCAUGGGUUGUUCUGUUUUCAUGACCUCAGUGCUCAAGUUCAUUCCAAUGCCAGUGUUGUACGGAGUCUUCCUCUACAUGGGUGUCUCCUCCCUCAAAGGAAUCCAAUUCUUUGACAGGAUCAAGUUGUUUGGUAUGCCGGCCAAGCACCAGCCGGAUCUGAUCUAUCUCCGCUAUGUGCCGCUGUGGAAGGUCCAUGUCUUCACCCUGGUGCAGCUCACCUGUCUGGUGCUGCUCUGGGUCAUCAAGGCCUCUUCAGCGGCGGUUGUGUUUCCCAUGAUGGUUCUGGCGCUGGUCUUCAUCCGAAAGCUUCUGGACUUCUUCUUCACCAAGAGAGAGAUGAGCUGGCUGGACGACUUGAUUCCAGAAAGCAAGAAGAAGAAAGAGGAUGACAAGAAAAAGAAAGCUCGCGAAAAGCUGGAGGCGGAGUCCAGGCGGCAGAAAGAGGGGAUGGCACUGAAGGUCGGCUUUGAAGGCGCCAACCACCUCAGCAUCCCAGUGAAAACCCUCUCAGGGAGCCAGGAGAAGCUGGCCUGCGUUAGAGUGGACGUCAGCCCCGACUCGCCUGGAGCAGGAUCCACUUCAGAGACCUUCCUGUGAUAAAAGGAAGGCCCUCCUUCCCUCCUGGUUCCUUCUCGCACACCAACACUCCAUCUUAGUGGGAAAGAGGGGGCGUAGACCUGAAGCAGCACAACCUGCCUGCUGAGCGGCCACCUCCCGGGCGGAGCUCCCUCCCCUACACCCCCCCCCCCCGGGGCUGUGAGUCCUCUCAACUCUUGAAUGGUGCAGCACAUAAUGUACAAAUCGCUGUGACGACGUACUGUAGAGCGCACGCCUCCGAGGACCGGAGGAACCCUGCUGUCAACUGCCCACCGACGCUCACUGUUUAGGAAACUCUCUCUAGCAAAUCGGCUGUUCAAACCACAGAUGCCAAAGGAAGGGGCCUCCCUCGUGGGGAAUGUUGGACUGUGCGAAUUUGAUUUUAUUUCUAAACCCUCGUGUAUUUUAAUUUCGAUUUUACUGUCAUUCUUUUAGCUGGUCACAGUCCCGUAGAUGUCUGUGCGUUGUCCUGUCCCGUUUGUCUCCGUGUGUUACAGGUCGAGUUAAGUCCUUUUCGCUAAACGACACCAGCUUCUAACACACAUUCGAUUAUGAAGCCAGGUUGUGUUUCAGAAUUGGCCCGGCACACUACAGUACAUGACACAAACCAAAACCCAGGUACGUUCGGUCAGACUCCUCACGACUACUGCAUACAUCUUUAUAGACCUACUUACAAAUACCUCCUCCUUCCUCCAGGGGGAGCACUCAGUGUUGAUAUUGCUGCUUUGAAAGUCGGUCAGUUUAUUUUCACUGUAAACCUCACUGUUGAUAUAAUAUGUGCUGUUAUAGAGAUAUCAUGAUAUGUAUGUAUGUAUGUAAACUGUGUUCUUUUCAUUUCAUUUGCAUAUAGAAAACCUACUUCUGAGGCCAUAUAAAGUCUGUACUGUACAGUAAGCACUUUCCCAGUAUAGUUUCUUACCUAAAAAUGGAUUAUAUAGUGUGUUUAAUGGAAAGGUUUCUUCUCCCACAGAAUCUACAGAGCUGUUGUUCAAAUGUCAAACAACUCAGGAAUCUCGAAGGAUUUCUGACCGUAGUCACUUGAUAUUUUUGUCACAAGGCGGCGAUAAUUAACUGUCCACUGUGUCCCUGUCAUCGCUGGUACCACGACUAUUUUCAUAAAUGCUGUAAAUCAUUCAAUCUAGUGGGUGCAGGAGAAAAGCAACAGUAUAUUUGUGACCCCCGGUUAGUUGCACCUGUUUUUAUACUGUCUGUUAUAAUGUUAGUAAUAGUGUACGUGUGGUGUAAAGACUAGUAAACGUCUAGCGUUGCAAAAUCAUUUUAUGCAAGUCUACAGUAAGUGUAAAAAAUAUUCUAUUCUAUGAAGUUGUUCUUAUUUUGCUGCGUGCAGUCGUGUUUUAGCAAUAAGUGAGUGCUCCAUACUGUGCAACGUGUGGACUCGUGACUCUGAGCUCGUGUUCGGGCAAAAGGAUAAUUAGUGAAACGAUUGUCGUGUCUGUUUUCCUCGGCUCUGUCUGUGUGUAGCUGCAGUGACUAUACGAACAAUAGCUUAUCUACGUGCCUUGUUGGAGAUCUUGAUGUACAAGUCUAAUAUAAGUGUUCAGAACAUAUGUACACACACACAUACAUAAACAAGAUGGCACACAAACGCCAAAGACUGACCAUGGUCACUUUACGCGGCUCAGUGUUCUGUUCGUCUGAAUGUGGUUCCACGUCCGUGUGAAGGUCGUAGCCUGAGCCACCGACUCGCACCAUGUGACUUGUGUUAUCUUCCAUCUUCUUCUGAUGUAACUCUACCCGUGCACAGUGUUUCUACUGCCGCAGCACAAACGCUCUGUCGUCAGUAUUGAGGUACUGUGGGUUUUAUUUUUUUAUUAUCAAUGAACUGUCAAAUAACUUUACUGGCCUCAUCAAACAUGACGUUUACUCCAAAUCUUACUUUGAAAUCCUGGUUCUAGCUCCAUACAUGAUAAUGUAAUUUGUCCACCGACUACUAACUUAUUAUUUCUUAAUUAUAUUCAUUAUUUAGAUUUUUUUUAAAAGACCCAAUUUUCACAUCAUCCAUCUCAUUAAGAUUUAUCUCCUUAAAGAGGUGGACGAACAACAUCAGCAACAAACCAUCAUCACAACGACAAUGCACACGAACAGACGUGACAUCAGUGACGCACACUGCCACCUGUUGUCUGGAUGAGGACUUCUGUGUCAUGGCUGUUUGAUGCAAAGCAAUAAAAGUGUAAAC